AUGGGUGACAGACCGUUUUCUUUCAUUGAAACACAAGAAACAAGUUCUGGUGCACAUCAAGAGAUGUCUAAUCAACCGCCACCAUUGGUAAGUAAAUUUUGAGAAGUUCUCUGGAAAAACAACAAUGUUUGAUAGAACAAAGUGAAAUUUCACAAUGUUAUUUGAACUGUAAACAGACAUGCUUUUAGAUUUUGCCUUUAACAACAGAAUCUCUUGAUGUUCUGGACAGUCCCCAUACACGCAGAAAUGGUUUUAUUGGAUCAAUGCAUAGUUCAAUUGAUGCUAUGAUGCAAUUCGAAACUAGCUACGAUAACAUGAUUCAUAAUCUGUUUAUCAACAUUACUCACCAACAAAAGAUGGAUUCAAUUAACUUUUUGUUUGGUUAUUACAUUCCACAAAGAUGUGAAUACAACAUCAGAAAACUCAACGAUAUGAUGUCAUAUCCUAAUUAUUCUUACGAUAAAGACAAUCACAUUUUGACAUCUUUGAUAACUGGACUUCCUGUCGAAUUAUGUUAUGGAUUUGUCAAAGAACUUGAAGAUGCUAUGCAUAUGAUUGAAGCAGAUGCCAGAAUUGUUUUGAUUCAAUAUCCAAACAAAUAUGAUCAAUUAUUCUCGAUUGUCAGAGAAUUGCAAUGUCGUUUAGGAUAUUUUCAAAAAUUGUACAAUCAAAGAGAAUGCAAAUCCGUGUACGAAGCGAUGAGUGAUGGAUACUUUGUUCGCAAACAUUCUUUAAGAAGGACUGCUGAGAAUCUCAGAGCAAAUCUUCAUCUUCCGGAUGUUUUGACCACUAUCAGAGUGGAGGGCCGCUUUGAUAAGUUUUGGUGAGUCAUUUGUUGGAAAAACAUUGAAAAAUAAUUCUACAAUUUUUGUUUUGAACUAUAAAUCAGACAUUUCCAAACAAUAAUCCACUAUAUUGGAAACAUUUAUUAUGAUAAUUGAAAAAAAAGUUGAGAAACGAAAAAAAAAAACAAUCUCGCCGAUUUUUUCGAUGGCCUAAAAACUGUUAGAACUCGUCCAGAUCGACAAAAACGCUCCAUUGAAAAACAUCAUUGUUUAUUUUUUUCUGUUGAAAACUCCAAAUGCAAUAUUUUUUCAGGCGUGAACUCCCGGAAAUUUCUAAUGAUCUUCUUCAUUUUUUUGAAACUUUCCAAGAUGUUGUAGAAUUGGAUAACGCUCAAGCUAUCUCACUUUCAAACGAUGUGAGUUUGAAAUAUCCAAGAAUUUAAAAAAAAGGUUUUUUUUCAGCUGAAAAAUCAUUUCAAUGAAGUUUGGAAUUCUUGGCAUAUUACUAAAAACUAUUUGAUGAGAACUCGGAAAUUUUUUGAUUUGAAAGCUGCUAACGAACAACGCUUCCAACAAAGAAGACCAAGUUUGAGAACUGAAUUGGCUUAUGAAAAAGAAUCAGAUAGAUUUUCUUCUGCAAUUAUCGGUGUUCUGGAACAAGGAGAAGCUCCAGCAGAACCGGUAAUUAUGUUUUUUUCACACCUAAAAAAUGUUGCGUUUACAAAAGUAGACCACAUCCAAUUGAAGUCUACAACGUUCAGAAUCAAAAAACUAGAUUUUACCUUACUUCAAGCACCUUACUUCAAGCAAAAUUUUUUUAACACAGGAUUAUUUUCCGUUCUGUUAUAUUGAAAAAUCACAAAUCAGUAACAACCCAAUCGAUAUAAUUUUGAAUAUUUCAGAUGCUUCUCCCAAACACCAAUGAAUUCUACCCAUUCCAUUCUGGUUGAACAGCAGAGCAAAAUCUUCUAAUAAUAUUUGUGCAUAAUGAUAUUUUCUUCCAACUGUUCAAUACAUCUAUGUGGUUUCCGAAUCUUGUCACUUUUCAUUUUUUUUUCUUGUACAUUUUUCAAAUAUAUACGUAUUCCAAUAAAUAAAUAUUCACAAACCUGUAUCCAAUUCAAUAUAAUUUAUAAUGUUUCUCUGCAUCUCUUCAUGAAAAAAUCAUCUCUCACAAUUUUUCCAAGGAUGAUCAGCUGUUGUGUAAAAUAUCGAAUUUCAUUCGCAAUUUUUGUCAAACUUUUAAUUAUUGCUUUUUUGUUGUUCAAAGUUAGAAGUAAGUACAUUUAUAGUACUUGAAAAUUCCAGAAAAAUUGUUUGAAUGUUCAUUUAAGAAACUGUAAUUUCAAAAUCAAUAAAAAAUAUUACACAAGUUUCCCUCCACCUGUUGCAUUAUAUAAUAUAAAACACCACAAUCGUUCUUAUGUUUUAUUGUCUGUUUUCACACGAUAUUUUUGUAAUUCCUAGUUAUUUGGUAUGUAAAAUUAGCAUAAAUAUGUAUAUACAUAAAUAAAACCAUAAAAAUAUUCAUGUAAAACUUGGACAUUUGUCAGGAUGAAAGGAGGAGAAGAAAGAAAAUUGGAUCUUUGUAUGCCUUUUAUAGUUUUUGUUUUAUUUUUAUUUUUCUGGUUGUGAAUGUGAGUUUCCUGUUUUUAAUGAUCACUGUAAAACACAUGGGCACAUGAAAUUGUGAAGCGUUUAACAUUCGAAAAUCCUGAUUUUUUUUCAUAUUUGACCUAAAAAUUGAAGAAGUUCUGAUUUUUUUAUGAGUUCGAAUACACUUUUGGGAUACACAGAGGCUCUUUACCAAAAAUAAUUUUUGGGGUUGCAAAUCACACAUCUUGGCUGAAUUUUUUGAGGAUCAUUUCUUGCUUCCUUGCGUUGCAUACAAUACAAAAGUUGUAUACGAAAAAAUUGGCGAACUCAUUCAUUUUCCUCCCAUUUUUCUAUUUUUCAAUAUCCGUUCAUUUUUCUCUUCUCUUUUACUUCUUAUUCUCCUUCUUCUCCAUCCUCAUCUUCAUCUUAUUUUUCUUUUUCUCAUCAUUAUUGAUUGAUUUUUAAACUAAACUAAACUUUUUCAAAAUAAACACAUGGUUCACAUUCUUUAUACACACAAAUUUAUUCUGUUUGACUGACUGAAUCGUUUUUUUUCUCGCCUAUUUUUGUUUUUUUUUGCAAAAAGGGUAUGAUUGCCAAUACAUUUCAAAAUAUUUAUAAUUGUUUAGAUGACAACUCGAACCCCUGGAAAAUUGAAUGUUGGGAGUAUUGGUGGCAAAUUGAACAAUUUGCUGUUAGCAGGACCACCGGGAAAAUCACCAAAUGCAACUUUGCCAAGAGUUCCGGGAAAAUUAAAUUCUAGUCCAAUUGGUGACAAAUUGAAUGGAUUGUUAUUAGCUGGACCAUCAACACCAGUCCCGAAAGAGAAACCAAUUGAGAAAAAACCAGAAAAUUCUAAUAAAACCUUGAUUAAUGUUCUAAAGGUGAGAAAACUUAUUAAAGUGCAGUUUAAAACAUUAUCCCCAAAUAAUUUUGCUAUUUCAGUCUCGCCCACGCCCACCAACAAAUCGCCGUCCACCUUCUCGUUCAAUGCCAGUUAUUCCAAAACCAAGUGAUGAAGAAGAUGAAAAAGUAAAAGAACUUAUCGAAUCUUUGCGGCUCUGA